GAAUAUAAUUCCUUUGUUUAGGCAGGCCACUUUCCACAAUGAGUGUUUAUGAUGAAGUUGAAAUUGAAGAUAUGAUAUGGAACGAAGAUUUAGAAGCCUACACUUACCAGUGUCCCUGUGGCGACUUGUUUCAAAUUACACUUGAAGAAUUACGUUUAGGAGAAGAAAUAGCGCAUUGUCCAAGUUGUUCACUUGUUAUAAGGGUAGUCUAUAAUCCUGCCGACUUCCAGUCCUCAACUGGUGAAACAGGGAACGGAACUUGUGUUGUUGCCGCUGCUUGAGUUUUAUUUUCUUGUAGGAAGUUAGAAAUAAAACUGCUUGUUGUGAGAAAGACUAGAGACGUUUCGACAUUUAUACUGGUUCCAUUUCAUUGUAGCUAAAGUUUUCGAGUCGACUGUUCUGCUAUCAUAUGAAUAUCUUCACGGAACACAAUGUUUUUAUAACGAUAGUUUCCUUCUGAACGUACAGCAACUACUAUAUUUUAGUAAACAGAAAACCCUUAAG